AUGUUUGAUAGUAGUGAUGAUGAAGGACCGUCCGACAUAUCAAUGAUUCAUGCCGCACAAGCAACAAGGGAGUUUAAGGAAAAGUUUCCGUUGAAAUCCGAGACUUUGAAAAAACAAGAACUUGAAAGAGCUCGUCGAACGCCUGCUGUUCGUAAAAAGUUGAAUUUCGAUGUGACAAUGUCUCCGAGCUGUGAGUUUAUAAUUUCUGAUAUUUUUAUGAUUUAAAAGCAAUUUCAUUUUAGUCGUGGAAGCCGAAAUCAAAACUGUUCAAGCGAAUUCUGAAAUUUUGGAACGGAAAUUGACGAUGAAAAACGAGGAGAUUGAAAGGCUAAAAACCUUCAUUCAGAAAAAAGAGGAAGAAAAUAAUCGAUUGAACUUUCAAAAAACACAAGCUGAAGAAGAACUUCGGAGAGAAAAGUAUCAAAACAAUGCGAAAAUUGCAAGAACAAAUUUGGAGUUGGAAAAAUGGCAAACCAUUGGGAAAAAGUUUUAUACAUGGUUCAAUAUAGCGAAAAGUCAACUUGAAGAAGUGCAAGAACUUAAUGGAGAUGAUUGGGAAAAUCCCGAGAAAAUUGAAAAAAUCAAUCAAAUUUCGAGGGAAUUUUACAAGUUUCUUGAGAACAACCAGUUCACCGAAGGUUGGUUAUUUUUCGUUUUCGUUUUUCAGAACUUGUUUUAAAAAUAAAAAAUAAGUUUCAGAUUUUGUUGAUCAAUUGGCUGCGGGAAGUAUUCAAUCGUAUUGUGGUGUUGAAUUUCCAGUGAGACAAAACAUGAAGACAGAAUGUGUGCGCGGGUCUGAACAAUUGAAUUCCACAGAAUUAAAACCGCCGGGAAAUGAGAGUACAGUUCUCAAUGAUUCAAAUAUGUCCUUUUCGAAUUCAACAAUCGCUGAUUGCUCACAGGAUACAACUAUUUUGACCGGGGUGGAAGAUAUAAUAGAACAUCAAUCGAUUAUGAGAAGGAUGAGAAAAUUCAACGAUUAUUGUUGGAAAAUAGUGUUUUGAAAGAUAAUUUGAAGAUCGUGAAAGGUAGAUCGGAAAGAUCGAUGAUAAUUGAGGAACGGAAUCGAUCGCUGGAAGUUGAGAAGGAUUCGCUUCAAAAUCGUCUCGAUCAAACUUUCGGCGAAAUUGAAGCAAUGCGAAUGGGACAAGCUCGACAAAUUUUCAAUAUUGAUAAUUGUCCGGAAAAUUCGGAGAAAUAUCUUCGACUUAUUGAUCGGAUUAAUGGACUUUUGAUUGAGAAUAAACGAUUGGAGAAGGAUUUUGAAGCGGCGACUUCGAGAAUAACGAAGAUGGAUCAGGAUUUGAAAAAUGCUGAGAGAAGAAAUUCACACUUGGAAGAUGUUUAUUCGAAUCAAGUUUCGAAAUUCAACACGUUACAAAAAGAAAUGGAGGAUGUUCAAGCAAAAUAUGAUACUUCUCUUGAAAAUUUCGAAGAAGUUGCGGCUAAAUUGAAAGAAGCGGAGAAGAAAAUCGAAGAAUCUUCAGUUAUCUCUACAAAAUCAGAUGGCGAUUCGACACUUCUCGCUGCUCCACCAACAGAUGCUGGAAAUUCGACACAAAUCUUCCAUAUGGCGUCGAAUCCAUUGAAUCUUGCACAUGCCGAAUUUCAAGAUCAAGAGACUAAAAAACGGAAAUUGGUGAGUUUUUCUAUUAGUUUUUCAAAUUUUAUAUUAUAUUUUUUAUAGUCGGAACUUGAUGGAGCUGAAGAUUCUGAAGCGAAACGAAUUCGACAGGAAAAAAUCGAUGAAUUGGAAGAGCAAUUGCAAAUGCUUGAAAGGGAGAAGAAUGUGAUUGAAGACAGCUAUAAGUUGCACAAAGAUCUUGCCAAUAAGUUCAGGUAAGUUCAGGCUUGAAGGCUCUGGAAUUCUAUGAAAACUAUUUUUUCAGACAAAUUUGCAUUGCGUUGACUGGUCUUCAAAUAAAAUUGAAGGAUGCUGAAGAGGGUAUUUGCACAGUUCAAAGUGAAUAUGAGGAGACAAAUCAAGGACAAUUUGUGUUCAAAUGUUUCUAUGGAACAACUCGCAUUGAUAUGCUUGAUGUGAACAGUGAUUCGUCAGCGGAAAUGAUUCGAAAAUGGGAACCGCUUAUGAAGAAGUUGGUUUUUUUGUUUGGAAAAACUGAAUGGGAGAUUCUGAAAAUUAAAAUUUUUUUCAAUCGAGAUUUUUCAUGAAAUAUUUGUUUUCUAGUAGUUUUCGACCCGCUCAUCACGAGCAGAGUUAUGACGUGGCAAAAAUUGGAAAAUUUCGAAAAAUCGUAACUUCAGAAUGAUUUUCAUGAAAAUCUGAUAUCAUAGGAUUGUUCAGGAGGCUUGAUUACAUGGCCAAACUUUGUUUUUUCGAUUUGUGAUUUUGAAAAACUAUUUUUGUUCAGUGAAAAAAAUAAGUCCGGUCAUGAACUUUUUUGAAAUUUUUCAGAAAAGCCUCCUGAACAAUGCUAUCAGAUUUUCAUGGAAACCGUUUUAAAAGCGAGUUCUUAUCUCCUUAAGUCCCAACUUUGCCACGUCAUAACUCAUGUUAGAAGUUGAGCUUUGAAAUUUUAGUCGGAAACUAGUAGUAAAAAGAUCUUGGUUUGCAAGUUUAAAAAGUUCCAAAGUUUUUCAAAUUUCCCACAAAAAUCCCAAUUUUCCAGAUAUAUCGGUGAACGCAACUCGAUUCCCGCAUUUCUCGCCGCAAUGACACUUCAAUUAGAGCAAGAACGCGAGUUUGACGAAACAAUGCACGAAAGAACUCACACUUUCAGUGUUUAUCACGAAGAUUGA